AUGGUGAUACUGCCACAGCGGCUGGAGGGACUGCGACAGCUUGAAGAGGAGCUGGAGUUUGUGGACUUGCGCCGCUUGCUCCUGACCGACAUGGAAACGGAAGAGUACGAUGUUCGCUUGCCCGUCGUGGAUCUCACGACCCACAUUCAACUCGCCCGCGGCAUGGACUUCUUGGGCGUUCAGAGAGCCUUCCAGCAGGAUGAAGCCGACUUCAGCCUUGUAACUGGCCAAACAGAGGGUCUUUGGGUGCGCAAGAUUGCCCAUUUCACCAAGCUAAAGCUGAACGAAGACGGCAUCAACUUGAAGCACCAUCACGGGCUUGCAGAUCGGAACAGAGAAGUGCUCAGGCAUGAUAGCGAGAGAGCAGCGAAUCACUUCUUUGCCUCGCAUCCAUUCUUUUUCGCCCUGCUCGACGAGAAGAAGAUCUAUGCCACCGGUCGGUAUGGACAGAUUGCGGCUCAACCCGAUGACAUAUAA